AUGUUUAUCUGUAAACGCUGUUGCCCAUGCUGUAAAUCACCACCGAAAUUACAUCAAGAGCAGCAUACUGAUACUAAAAUCCAUCUACAUGGUACAUCGAAUCCUAAGGACAAGCCUUUUGGUUUUGUUGAAAUUUAUCCAGGCGUGAAUACAUCUGAUAAUACUUACAAUUGUCCGAUGCUUGCAAUUCAUUUAUAUCGUCAUUCAAAAGAAACAGCGAAUGUUACUGGUCAAAAAAUCUCAGUGGUCCUCGAUAACAGCAAUAAUGAGCACCGACUUCAAGAAGGUCAACAACAAUAUAAAGUCAAAGAAAAAGCCAAUGCUGAAGUAGAACUCAUACUAAUCCCAGUUGAAGAUGUACUACAUAUUAGCUCCAAAGCAGAAAUUCAAAAAGAUAUUGAAGCUGAUACUAAAGCACAUAUUGAACAUGUUUAUGAGGACAGUGAAAAUUGUUGUGAUCGUUGUUGUCGUAGUUUGUGCAAUUGUAGUAGCUGUUGUCGUAGCUUGUGCAGUUGUGGCAGUUGCUGUAAACGUGCACCUAAAAUUGCUCCUAUUAUAACUUCUUCAGAAACAAUUACUCGUGAAACAGAUAGACAUCGACAUUCCAAUGUUCGCGUAGAAGAUCUACCUGUUCCCAAAGCGAAAUCUGGUUGUUUUGAUUGUUGCCGCUGUUGGUGUUGUCGAUUAAAAGUACUAACUCGAAUUAUCCGGCGAACAAAGAUCGUGGCUGAAGAAGAAGCGAAGCGUUUUGUUACAAUCACUAUCGAAUACUUAAAAUAUAGUAAUCUUGAUACGCCAACCAAUACACGCCUACUUAGUGAGCAAGAUCAGUUAGCGCACUACAAAAAGAAAUUUGAUCAGGAGCAAAAAAUAGAAUUCUUUUUAUUCACCGACACUGAACCACAACCGACGAAGUUCGAGUCGAAGAUCAAGCAAGCCGGUGAGUUCUGUCGAGCAGUGAUGGGAUUAAAGGGAAUGAGGGGUCAUUAUCCAUCGCCUAGUGAUCUAAAGAAAAUUAUUGGUCCAGACGAGAAUAAUCGUCAAGACAAAAUUAUUGGUCCAUCUCCUUACAGAACAAUUGGAGAUGUAUAUGAAGAACCCACUCUAAAUAAUCCAGUCACUCAGCUUCAAAUUGCCGACAGAGGUCCUAGUCACCAAAGACAACUGCAACAACCGCCACAACAGUCAAUUCAAGAUGUUUAA